AUGGAGAAAUCGGAGAGGAGGAAGAAGAUAAUCUCUCAAGGCACAGAUCGAUUGGCGCUGAUAACGGGCCGGAUCCAAGCCCUCGAUCCGGAUCCGCCAUUCAAGUCCACCUCAUUUUCCACCCCGCGACGCGAUCCUCCACCCGCCAUACACGCGCGCUCGUCAUCGGAACCUCGGGCCGCCGCUAAUCAGGAGCCUUUGCUCUCGGACCACCAUCUCCUUGCUGGAGCCGACUCGCCUGAUUCAAUAACAAGACAUGAUAACAGUGAAGAAUUUCAAAAGGAAUAUUAUUCUGAGUCCAACGUGGGCAAACAUGAGGGAAAAGAAGCCGCUGGAUUAAGACCAGAGUGCACAAAGUUACCUGAGAAACCCCUGGUCCAUCUUUUUCGUUCCAUAUCUCUAAACGAAAUAAAUUUCAGCAUAAUCUCGUCUGAAGACACGCGCGCAAUCUGUUCUGUCGUGUUGGCAAUUCUUGUUGUUCUAUCUUACAUCACUCUCCCUCCUAAUGAGGUGAAGCCGAAAAGUCUUCUUGCUUAUAAGCCUCUCUAUGCGGUACUGCUAACAGACGUGUUUAUAGUUUGUGUAAAACUAGCUCCUUAUGCACAAACGAGGAAAGAAUGUGUUAUGGAGCCGAAAAUCAAGGAGGAUGACGAUAACUGGGGAGGUGCCGUUAAGCUGUUGGAGUUCGGGUUGGUGUUGCACCAGACAAUACGUGCUCUGUUUAUAGAUUGUAGCUUUUAUUUUGUGGUGGUUGUAUUUGGCCUUUCUAUGGUGUAA